UGUAAUACCUAAUGUCAUUUCAAAUAGAUAAACCAGCCAUUUUCAAGAUAUAUCUUUGAGAAACAACCCAUCUUUGGACUCUGACCCCGUCUCUCCUCAAAGGAAAAAGGAAUAUUGGGCUCAUAAACCAUCCAUAUUCUUUUUUUCUCCACAUACGUGUUAAUUUCAUCACUCAUGAGAACCGAGUUAGUGUAUUUAUACAUGUGUAAUCUCCCCAUCUGUGCCUGCAGGUCAGAACUGGAUAAUAGCCGGUGUGUGUGCCGCUCUGGCCGUCCUUCUAGUGAUCACUGUAGUGAUCGCAGGGCUGAUGUGCUGUAAAAAGGACAACAUGGACAACUACACAUCCAAAAGGAAAGUGCAUUCAGCUCCCGGCAAGUUGAACCCAAUGUUCAAUGAACCGAGUGUUAAAGAAAGGCCUCAGAUCAGUCAGCCUACUUUCAUGGAGUCGACGGCGACGCAGGUCUGCUCUCCUCUGAUUGUCUCUGUGUCACCCAGUCGACCAGCGCCACAGCCACCACACGUGUCUUCCAUGUCAUCUACCUCACAAGCUGCACCGGCAAAACCUCAACCUCCUGCCAAACCUUUACCACCUCUGACUAAACCAAAGUAUAAAGGAGCCAAACCGAACCCUCCUCCCGUACCUCCAGUCAAGCCCAGUCCUCCUCCCCCGCUGCCCCCGGCAAAGCCACAAGUCCACAGACUGACAUGAAAAUAUCAUGUCAAAAAUAACCAAAGCCGACUACAUCAGCCUGUAGUCAUACACAGGCAUAAAAUAUAUAAAUAUAGAGAGAGAGGAAGAGAGGAAGAGAGGCAUCCUUGUUAUAGAAAACAAAGGGUCACUUCCGAAAAGCCUUAAGAUGCUGUGCGUGACGCGAGGUGUCUCCAGCUGAGAAUGUGUUUGAACACAUGACCAACAGCUGCGCUGCUGCUGUGGAUUUUUACUGCUGUUGCAAUUGUAAUUGUUUAAAAAAAAAAAAAAAGGUUAUUUAACAGAUUGUGUCUUUGCAGGUUUGUGUAAAAUGAUCUAGUGUUGUUUUCUUUUCCUUUCCUUAGAGUAAAGAAUGAGAGGAAAGUCAGCAAAUGG